UUGUUAUUAACCGCAGCAGCUGCUGCUUGUGCCACAAUUGCUGUGAGUGCACAAGCACAUGCGAUACAGAAGCGGGUGAAAAAAAGGAAACGUACCUGGGUGAAGCCGUAGGUUUCACGACGAGACGAAAAAAGCAUUCAGCAAAACUUGUUACGUGAGCUAAUAGUGGAAGACGUCAAGUCAUACAUCAAUUUCUUGCGAAUGGAUGAGCAUACAUUUCAGUAUGUUCUCAGUGAAGUGAUUCCUCAUAUCUCAAAACACAAUACGCACCUAAGAAAUGCUAUAUCUGCAGAAGACAGGCUCACUGUAACACUACGAUUCCUUGCUACAGGAGAAAGUUACUCUAGCUUACAGUACAGCACUCGAAUUCCACAAUGCACAUUAAGUAAAAUAAUACCUGAAACUUGUGAAGCAAUUUAUAAAGCACUAAAGGACCAUUGUCUGAAGGUACCCACAAGCAGAGGAGAGUGGGAGCAAAUUGCAGAGGAUUUCGAGAAGAAGUGGAACUGUUAUAAUACAAUAGGAGCAAUGGACGGAAAGCACAUUCGUAUUAAAUGUCCACAAGCUAGUGGAUCUCACUUUUUCAAUUAUAAAUCCUUCAACAGUAUCAUUUUAUUUGCCAUGGUAGAUGCUUCCUACAAAUUUUUGUAUGUAGAUGUAGGAACUAAUGGGUGUGUUGGUGAUGCUGGAGUGUUUUCAAAAAGCAAACUACAUGCAUAA